CUAGCAGCACAGCGGAAACAAAUUAUACCCGGCGUUACGAGUCACAAGACAAUAGAUUCAGAGCUCGAGGCGCGAUUCGUAGCAGUGAAAGCCAUAUAAUCUGAAGAGGAUAAAAGAGCCCGAUUACAGUUUUCAAUUUACGAACGUCAAGUACAGUCUGCAGAAAAGAACAUGGCCUCCAAUGAUAAGGCCACCAUCACUCCGCUGAGACUGAAAGGACCAAUUGCUGCUCCUUUCACACCAUUCCAUCAGAAUGGUGACAUUAACUUUGACGUCUUAGAAGAGUAUGCAGACAAGCUAGCUGCUGAUGGUGUUCACUAUGUGUUUGUGAAUGGAACCACAGGAGAAGGUAUGUCUAUGACUGUUGAAGAAAGGAAGGCUCUGGCUGUAAAAUGGAUAGCUCUAGGGAAAACAAGAUUUCAGGCAGUUAUUGUCCAUGUUGGAGCUGCCAACUUGAAGGACAUACAAGAAUUAGGGAAGCAUGCAGAACAGCAUGGAGCCAGUGCCAUAUCAACUCUACCUCCCCUCUUCUACAAGCCUUCAAAUGUUGAGGGUAUGGUGCAUUUCUUGGAGCAGGUAGCAGCGGCUGCUCCCAAAACUCCUUUCUUCUACUACCACAAUCCAUCAAUGGUUGGUAGUAAUGCCUUUUCUAUGGAAACUCUAGUGAAAGAAAUAUUCUCUUCAAAGCGCAUUCCGACGCUCUGUGGCGUCAAGUAUACAUCCAAGGACCUGUACGAAUACGGACGAUGUUACGCAAAGCAUGCCAGCUCUUGCCAAUUCAUGUAUGGCUGCGACGAGCAACUUUUACCAGGAUUGUCAAUGGGUUGUGAGGCAUUUAUUGGCAGUACUUACAACUAUCUAGGCAGAGUGGCCAAUAGAAUAAUGACAGCAUUUGAGGCCGGUGAUAUGCCUAGUGCCAGAAAAGAGCAAUUCCGAAUCCAAGCACUUGUGUCUGUACUUAUAAAAUAUGGCGGUCACACAGGCACGAACAAGGCCAUCAUGUCACUGGUCGGACCAGAGAUGGGCCCCGCCCGUUCCCCUCUUCACAACCCCUCCCCAGAGGAGCGUGAACUGAUACGCAAGGAUCUCCAAGCAGAGGGGUUCUUUGAAUGGAUCCAGUAAACCUUUUACAGCAUUUUUCAAACAAAGCAACAACCAAGCCUUGCUUCGAAGCAUUCUUUCAUAAUUGUUUGCUCCUUCCUUCCUUCGGUGUGUAAUAAUUAUUAAUUAAUUUGUCUUAUUUAGUAAUGUAGUCACUGCUGUAAAAAAAAAAAUCCUUUGAAAUUGUGCUUAGAUAUCUCUUUUUUAUUUUUGUUAUAUUUUCAUUCCUUGUACAAACUGAUAUACAACUCUAUCAAAUUAAAGUUCCUUUUUAUUGAUGAUUUUAUUUUUAUUGAGAAAAAAUAAAUGUUUCUUUUGGGCCAUCUUUUUAAAUAUUGGAUCUAUCUUUUAAUCCAGAAUUAAAUACUUUAUUUGUGUGUGUUUGGGGCGUGCUGCUGUGACUAUUAUUGGCAAUUUUGGAAAAGGUCAUGGGGGCAGUUAUUUUUAAUGCAUUUUUUUGUGUGGAAUGUUUCUGUGAGUGAUGAGUGCUAGCCUGAAAUGCCAGAGCUCAAACAUUGCAUGAAAUGUUGACAAAGUACUCAUACAAAAUUUGAAUUGUUCCAUUGUUUUGAAGUUCCUCUCAAAGGUAGUGGACUUCAUUCAGUUCAUUCGGUAUUGUAUUUGUAUGUCACCAACUUUUCAAGACAUUCCAUUGAAAAGCUUUUCUGUAGUACAAAGAAACAGUGUUAAGUGUCCGGUAAUAGGUUAAUGCAUCAUACAUGUGAACCAGAUUCCCAAUAGUACUUAAAAUCUCCUUUAAUGAUUUAUCCAUGUUUUCCUGUUAAUAACUGAACUCAAUGCUGUAUUUUCCAUAGUAUAAAUGUAGGAUUCACUCAUUUCAAAUUAGCAAUGGGUUUAUCUUUUUUAAAAAAUGAUACUAUUUUUUAAUGAAGAAUUAGUUGUUAUAUAUAUGUAUUUUAUAAAAUAAGAGUAUUCAAUGUCUUAUUAACAUUCCUUUAUAAAAGAAAACUAUUAUGAACUAGUGAAGUGAAAUAUAUAUACUCAAACUUUUCAAAAAAACAAUAAUACAUCUCACGGGUGACAUCUCAAAAGCAUUUCUACCUCAUCAAAAAAAAAAGCUAUAAUAUGAUAUUUUAACAGGACAAGUAAAGAUACAUGUCGGAUAAAAUCAUAUAAAUUUAAAAUAUAUGGCAGAGAAAAGAAUACAGAUUUUAUUUUUUUCGAAAAUUCUAUUUAUUAGAAAAUGAGGCAUUGGAGCAGAAAUUGGAAGCAUUCGUAAAAGAAUUUGUAUCAUCAUUUUUUAUUGAGCUUAUAGUUCAAGGAGUUGAAUAUUUCACAGAAGCUAACAUAUUAAUGGGCAUUAAAUACAAUAAGUACACGGCUGAGGAGCACUCACUUCUGUAUAAUACAAUCAAGAAUUAUUGACCUUUAUAUUUUAUAUUUUUAUCCUUUUUACAGUUACUCUUGUAUCCAUUUGUUUAGCAAUAUGAAAACAUCCACCAUAAUUUGUUUUAGAGUAUAUUUUUAUUUUUUAUUAAGUUUCAGUUGUGAAGUUUAUUUUAUUAUGGAGAAGAAAUGUUGUUUUGUUGCCCACAAGGAGGCCUCAAUCAAAGUAAUAUUACUUUUCCUGUACAUUUAUAUUUUGUGCAAUUGCGAACGAUAUCCACUUCAGGUACCAACAGAUUUAUGUAAUUUUUGUCAACUGGGCAGGGUUUCAUGAAACUGUAAAAAGUACAAGGUCGCAGAUAUCUCACUGAUCGUGUGUUUAUCAUAGGAUGAACUUGUACUUAUGACGAUUUAGUGAAACCACACCCAUGUCACACCAGUACCAGAGGCAUUCAAGCUGUUGAGGAACUUCCCCCAAUUAGGCAAUCAUUCACCUCACCUACAUCUACUUGUAAAUGUAAAAGUUGUAAGGAAAAUGUAGAUUAAUGUCUUGCCAAAGUAUAUGUACUUUGAUUCUGUGAUAGUGAUCCAAGUGUGUGACUGUUAGUAUCAUUAAAAAAAACCUGAAGAGGACAAGUCUUCAAAAAUGUUGAAUGUCAUGUGCCUUCGAAAAAUUAGGGAGUCAACUCAUAGAAAAGUUUUCUUCAUAAAAUUCUAUUAGAUGAAUUUGCAAUUUUGCUUGUAUCUUGUCCAAUUGAACAAUUUUCGUAAUGUAAUCAAAUUAAAUGCACACGUCUUUUUUAAUCGACUUGUUACAAAUUAAUUCAUUCACCUGUUUAAUUUAAAUAAUUGCAUUUCAAUAGUCAGAAUGUGAAUUGCUUACAAUCCGUGUGGUAAGGUAGGACGAGCCAUAAUUUUUGUCCUACCUAGCAACAAUUAAUAUAACUAAUUUGCAUUCUGACUAUUGAAAUUACUAUUGGAAAAUCAUUCACCUAUAUAAGUAAAUGAAAAAGCUGUACAGCAAAUAUAGAUUAAUGUCUUGCCAAAGUUCACGUAAUUGGAUCGUGUGUUAGUGAUUCAAAUGUGUAACUGUC